CUCGAUGCGAGUUGUACGAUAGUCAAGUGAUAGUCGCGAGGUAUACCUCGUCGCGAUCGUGUCUUUUGCAUUUUUAUUAUUUUUUUUUUUUGUCCAUUUUUACAUUACAUACGCGAACUAAGAAAUAUUUUAUACAUUACGCGAAAUUUCUAUCGCAAUAGAAUUUUAUAAAAACGACAAGGUCAUUCCUCAUAAAGUGUUUUCCUAUUCUGUGGUGUUGAAAAUCGACAAGAGUUUUACAUGGUUUUUUUUUUUUUUGAGUUUCUUAUCUAACAAUAAGUGUCGAGAUACUAAAUAUCAAUUAUAUAUUCAUUUACAACGAAAUGUUAAUGGUAAAGGCGAAUAAAUUGAAGUGAAGUAAAGAAGAAAAAAAUAGAAAUAAAAAAGAAAAAAAAUCAGGGAAACACAUAGUAGAUGUGUAAAUCAUGUCGAGGCGUCCAAGCGUUUCCAUUUACGAUUAUCCGGAGCAUCUAAAUCCUUUCAAUGACGACACUACAAACCCUCCUACUUCGCAUCCACGGUUGCAGCGUGAAAAUAGCAAGAGCUCGGCCAAAGAGAUAAAACAUAAAUUUUGGACCUUCGGGAGAAGCAGGAAAAAAAGAUCGAACAGUUUUUCCAUCAAGUCAACAUGGAACGGAUUAUUUGGUAAACGGAAGGAACCGGAUCAAGCUGAGAAAAGAUCGACGAUCAUAACAGUUUCGUCUGCGUAUAAAAGAGAACCAUUUGAUAGGCCGAUAGCACCGUCACGAAUUUCUAAAGAUCAACAAGAAUUUGACGAAGCUUUAGGAACUCUCGUUAGAAGAAGAAAAUACACAAUGGACAAUAGUGGUUCCAGAUAUAGUUCUAGUCUUACAGUCAACGGAGAUCCUGCAAGGAUCUACGAUGGUAGUCCUCAGGAUACGACAGCGUCCAUUAUGGGUGAUCUUACUCCUAAAGCACCAGCUAGAAGAUUUGGACAAGUAAGUCCAAGACCAACAGAUAAGAUACCACCAUUAAAUUUCGAAGAUAAAGAAUCAAAAGAAAAUGGGACGGUGACGUUGCGUGAAACAUCAUUCGAAAGAACCCCAGUACCACCGAUACGAAGGUCUGCUACCAGAUCAUCGCAGAGGUUAAACACGAGUAAUUUGGAUUCGGAAGAAGAAACUAGCAGGUCGGGUGACGUUACGUUGAGAGAUGAAAACGAAAAUGUUCCUGAAGACUAUGUUUUUAAAAGAUUUGGACAGGAUUCUGUGAGAAGAUCGAACAUAUCUAUAAACAGUUGUGUAUCCAUUGGUAGCACAGCUAGUGGCUAUGGACGGAAAAAACGUAGGGCACCACAGCCACCACGACGCGCAGAACAAUUGGAAACUCCAGAGGAAAACGAAAUCAAACAAAUACCGGAUACUUCGAAUGUAGAAUCGCAAAUUACCGAAUCGAUCGAUAUCAGUAGAGUCACGGAGAAUAUUGACGAAAUGACGAAAAGAAAUCAAGAAUUGAUAGAAACUUCAAAUGAGAAUAAAGAAAGUAGUGUUCAAUUAACUUCCAAAAACGAAACGAUUACACAGAAUGUUACUGGAAAGUCUGAAGAAAUUGUUGAAGAACCUAUUAUGUUGGAAAACAUAAAAAGCGAUGACAAAAAUGUAGAAUCAGAAGAAAAUCAGAGGUCACUCGUUGAAGAAAAAGAAGAAAAAGAAGAAAAAGAAGAAAUCAAAGAGCCGAGUAAUAAGGAAACUAGUCAUGAAGAAAAUCAAACAAAUAAGAAUGAUAACGUUGUUAUCGAAUAUUGUAGAAAGGAAGAGGAUAAGGUAGAAAUAAUAAAAGAUAUAAAUGAAAUUAAUUCGCAAACUGAAUUAGAAGUAUGUCUACGAAGAAAAAACUCAGCCGAUAGAUUAUCUCGAGAAGAAAGUUUUUCCGUUCAAGAGGAGAUCAAGAAAAUAGAAAAACAAAUUCAAGCUUUAGAAUCGAAAAAUUCAUCUAAAGAUUCGACUGACGAUAUAACAACGGAUAAUACUUCUAAUACUAGAUUAUCCAUUUUAGCAAAUCGCAGACACUUUUUUCAAAACAUGGUUGAUACCGAAGAAUAUAAAAAUGGUGUUAAAAUAGAAUUUAAAGAAUUACCACGUGAACAAAAAGAUAUUCACGUUAUCAAAUUAACAGAUUCUCCUGUACCCGUUGAAGCACCUAAAGAUCCAGUCAAAGUUAUCGAAUUACACAUUUCCGAACCGAUCAGACAAAGGCCAGAAAUAUUGGAUGAUGUUAAUCCUAUACCCAAACCAAGAAGGCACGUUUCAUUGAGUUACAAUGAUUUCGAAGGUUCCGUAAUUCCGAGAGAAAGAAGCAGAAAUUUCGAAUCUUUCGAUAAGAGAGGGAAAUCUGUUUGAGCAUGAUUUUAGUUGUAUAAAAUGUGUAUAAACAAUUCAUUGGUAAUUAAAUAUGUAACUUUUGUGUACCUUUUACUCUCGAUGAAUGAAAGAACAAAUGGAUAAAUUCGUAAUGCAAAGAGAGCGAUAAAAGUAAUCGUAUAUAUAUAUAAUAUAUAUGUGCCUUUAAUUUGUGCUUUAAAAUGUAUAUUGUGAUAAAUAUCUACAUUAAUCUCACAUAUAUAAUUAGAAUACCUAUAAUUAUAUAUUUAUGUAUUAUCUAUUUAGAAGCCAGUGUUUAAUUAUGUUUUUUUUUUUGGAUCAAUAAUAUUGUGAUCAUACGAUUAUUAUAUAAUUAUAGCAUUAUUGGUUGCACCACGACAUUUUACCUAUACUUUUUGUUGAUAUUUCCAUUAUUUAUUUAUAAAAAAUAAAAUUUAAACAAAUAACACGAUACUAUUCGAUAUUCGCUCUUUCAUUAUAUAUAUUUUUAAUUUUUUUUCUAUCGUCCU